CGUUGCUAAGCGACGCGCUGCGUGCCCUGCGUGCGGCGGGCUGCGCCACAGGCGGGAAGCGCGAGCUGAGGAGCCAUGGCCAAAGUGUGGCAGCACCCGUUCCUCAACGUCUUCAGAUACUUCAGGGUGGACGAGUGGAAGCGGUCCAGCAAGGAGGGCGAUGUGGCUGUGGUGAUGGACAAGACCCUGAAGAGCUCCGUAUAUCGCAUCCGGGGCUCUGUCUCUGCCAGUAACUACCUCCAGCUUCCCAGAAACAGCACCCACUCCUUGGGGCUAACCGGGCGGUACCUAUAUGUACUCUUCCGGCCUCUGCCCACCAAGCAUUUUGUCAUCCACUUGGAUGUGGCCACCCAGGACAGCCAAGUCAUCCGAGUGUCUUUCUCCAGUCUCUUCAAGGAGUUCAAGUCCUCAACCACGUGGCUUCAAUUCCCCUUUGUCUUUGAGACUAGGACACCCAGGAGAGACAUGGCAGGAGUGGCCCCCCCAGGUGCCCGCUGGACCUUCCUGCAGCUUGACCUACAUGAUAUCCUGUUGGUCUAUCUGAGCCAGUGUUAUGGCCACCUCAAGAGUGUCAGGUUGUGUGCCAACCUACUGGUCAAGAACCUCUACACCAGUGACUUGAGCUUUGACCCAGCUGUGAGUGUCACUGAUGCCCAGCGAACAAAGUUGCCCAUCACUCCUGUUCCUCGAGAAAUGGCCUUCCCAGUGCCAAAGGGGGAGAGCUGGCAAGACCACUACAUUCACAUCCGGUUUCCAAGUGACAGCCCACAGGCACCUUCUGAGCUGGUUCUGAAGAACAGCGCCCCUCCUGCUGCAGUCUUCUUGGAACCUGUGCCACAGCUUCCCUCUCCCCUAGUGGCUCUCAGCAAGCCCAUGCAAUACAGGAUGUUUCCUGUGGUCCAGAUGUCCAGCUCCACAACUUCUUGCCCAGCCCACUGUGCACCCAGGGUCCUUCCGGAGGUCAGCCUGUCCUGCAUACAUUUGGAAGGGUCCCGCCUAGGUGGCCUAAGUGUCUGUAACCAAGAUUCUUCAGCUUGGGUGGAGGCCUCUGAUGCACACACUGUGGUCAGUGGCAGCCACAUGCUCACCCACAAGUCCCCUGGCGUGCAUAUGGCCCUCAAGGAUGCUGGUUCCCAUAAGCACUUCCUCCCGGACCCAGUCCUCAGGCUCAAGGGGAUCAUUGGCUUUGGGGGCCACAGCACCAAAUGGGCCCUGUGGACCAAGGAUGGGGCAGCCGUGGUUUACCCCUGCCACGCAAUCAUCAUUGUGUUGCAUGUCUCCACUGGGGAGCAGCGUUUUUUCCUCGGCCACACGGACAAGGUGUCUGCUUUGGCGCUGGACCGGGACAGCUUGCUAUUGGCCUCGGCCCAAGUGCAGCCCCCCAGUGUGGUACGCCUUUGGGACUUCCCGACAGGGCGGUGCUUGUCCCUCUUCCGGAGCCCGAUGUAUGCUGUCUGCUCACUUAGCUUCUCCAGCAGUGGGGCUCUUCUCUGUGGUGUCGGCAAGGACUACCAGGGGAGGACGGUGGUUGUGGCAUGGGGCACUGACCAGGUGAGCCUUGGUGGCGAGGUGGUAGCUCUUGCGAAGGUGCACGCUGACUUUGAUGUCCAGACCUUUCGGAUUUCCCUUUUGGAUGAGACCAGGAUGGCAUCAUGUGGGCGGGGCAGUAUACGGCUGUGGCGAAUGCGUGGUGGGACACUGCGCUCCUGCCCCGUGGAUUUGGGGGAGCACUGUGGACUGGAGUUCAGUGACCUUGCUUUUGCACAGGCCCCGGAUAGCCACCAGGUGCCCUCCAUCCACACUCUCUAUGUGUGCAGCCGCAGUGGCCACAUCCUGGAGGUUGACCCCCAGCACAUGGCUGUGCGGUGCAUCCACCGCUUGCUGCCCACAGGGGUCCCAAGUGACUCUCUCCCCAGAAAACAGUCCUUCAGUGCAGGCCCUGGCAUCGCCAUCAACAGCCUCAGUGUCUCUCUGACUGCGUGUGCUGUGGGCUCUGAGGACGGCUACCUGCGACUCUGGCCUCUGGACUUCUCCUCAGUGCUCCUGGAGGCAGAACAUGAAGGCCCCAUCAGCUCAGUUUGCAUUAGUCCCGAUGGUCUCCGUGUGCUCUCCACCACCUCAUCAAGCAACCUAGGCUUCUUGGACAUCCCAUCCCGAGAGUAUACUGUGCUGGCACGCUCCCAUAUGGCCCCAGUGCUGGCAUUGUCCACGGAGCAGAGCCGGGGGCAGCUGGCCACUGUAUCCCUUGAUCACACCGUCCGCAUCUGGGACCUGGCUACCCUGCACCAGCUAUAUGACUUUACAUCCUGUGAUGAAGCUCCCUGUGCUGUCACCUUCCACCCCACAUGGCCAGCUGUUUUCUGUGGCUUCAAGAGUGGAACCAUCCGUGCCUUCAGUCUGGAGAGUGCUGGGGUCUUAGUGGAACACACGUGUCACCGAGGAGCCAUCAUCGGCCUGCUGGGUACCCCUGAUGGCAACUUCCUGUUCAGCUCCUGCUCUCAGGGCUCCCUGGUUCAAUACAGCUGUGCCAACUCUCAGUGCCAUGUCCUCCGUGUAGCAGCCAACACUGUGUGCCAGGAUGCUCAGCCGCACCCCAACACCCUAGCAGUCAGCAGGGAUAGCCGCCUACUGGCCUUUGUGGGCCCCUCCAAGUGCACAGUUACAGUCGUGGACUCAGCCUCUCUAGAUGAGCUGCUGCGGGUCAACGUCAGCACCCUGGACAGCCCAGAUUCAGCUGUGGCCAUCUGUUUUGGCCCCACAUCUCUGGGCCACCUACUUGUGUCCACGUCAUCCAACAAAGUUAUGGUACUGAAUGCUAUGUCAGGACGCACUAUCCAGGAGCUGUCUAGUGCCCGCCCUGUGGCUUGCGCCUCCCUCGCUCUCAACAAGGAUGCCUCUUUCUUGCUGGCGGCCUCUGGCCAGGCCAUUGAGGUCUGGGAAUACUCAACACAGUCUGACCCCAGCUGCCAGGUGUACAUCGGUCACUCAGAGCCCGUGCAGGCUGUGGCCUUCACCCCUGACCAGCAGCAGGUCCUCAGUGUGGGGGAUGCCAUCUUCCUCUGGGAUGUCCUGGCCACCCCUGAGAGUAACCGAAGCAUUCCCAGGGCCUCCCCAGCCCAUGAGGCCGGACAGCUGGAGGAUACGGUGUCUGGGGCCAGGGGGCUUCCCCAGCAGCAGGUGUCCAUGCCAUGCCGGGUGUCCACAGCCCAGCUAGAUAGCCACUUCAGGCCCCCUGAAGGCAAUGAUGGCACAUCAGAAGAAGAAGGAUGCUAUGAGGACAGCCACAGUCCCACGGGGCUCCACAAGUCCCCAGACCCACUUGUGUUUGUAGAGAAGGAGCCCAGUGGAGCUGGAGACAUGGCCCGGGGGGCUGCCAGUGGCUCCUGGCAGCAUCAAGACCAGCCCAGUACCUGGAGCACCAGGAAAAUAAAAGCCCAGACUCCUACCCGACCAGAUUCCUACAAGCACUUCACUGCUCGCUAUAAGGCCUUCAUGCUGGCCAAGAACAUCUGCCCUCCCACUGGUGGUGAGCAGCUGCGCCUGAAGGCUGUGGUGGGUUACAGCGGGAAUGGGCGGGCCAACAUGGUCUGGAGGCCUGACACAGGCUUCUUCGCAUAUACAUGUGGCCGCCUAGUGGUGGUAGAAGACCUGCAUUCUGGAGCCCAGCAGCACUGGCUUGGCCACCCUGAGGAGAUUUCCACACUGGCCCUCAGCCACAAUGCCCAGGUCCUGGCCUCUGCAUCUUGCUGUGGCAGAGCUGCUGCCCUCUGCCAGAUCCGCCUCUGGGAUGUGCCUGGGGGCCUCUGCCAGCAGCUCAUCUCCCAUCAUGACAGCGCAGUGCAGGCCCUGGCCUUCUCUCCAGACGACACAUUCCUUGUGACACUGGGGGACUACCGUGAUCGCACCCUUGCCCUGUGGAGCAUGGCUACCUAUGAACUUCUAUCAUCUAGCCGCCUUCUGGAGCCAAUGCACGGCGUGGCCUUCAACCCCUGGGAUGCAGAUGAACUCACCUGUGUGGGCCCAGGCGCUGUCACCUUCUGGCUCCUGCAGCAGCGUGGGGCAGACAUUAGCCUCCAGGUGCACCGAGAGCCAGUCCCUGAGGAAAUGGGGCUGGCUGAGCUGACCUCACUCUGCUAUGGGGCUGCCCCCCUGCUCUACUGUGGCUCUAGCUCUGGCCAGGUCUGCGUCUGGGACACAGGUGCUGGCCGCUGCUUCCUAGUCUGGGAGGCAGAUGACGGCGAAAUUGGGUUGUUGGUGUGCUCAGGGUCCAGGCUGGUGAGUGGCAGCAAUACAAGGCGGCUGCGUCUGUGGGCCGUGGGGGCUGUGCCUGAGCUGUGGCACAAGGGCUCAGGUGCCAGGUCCAGUUCUGUGUUCAUGGAGCGCGAGCUGACCCUAGAUGGGGCUGUGGUGAGUGCCAGCUUCGACAGUGGCAUGGACAUGGGAGUGGUGGGCACCACAGCUGGCACACUCUGGUAUAUCAGCUGGGCUGAGGGCACCAGUACCCGCCUCAUCAGUGGCCACAGGAGCAAGGUGAAUGAAGUAGUCUUCAGCCCUGGCGAGUCAUACUGUGCCACCUGCGGUGAGGAUGGAAGUGUGAGGGUGUGGUCCUUAGCCAGCAUGGAGCUGGUGAUCCAGUUCCAGGUGCUUAACCAGAGCUGCCUCUGCCUUGCAUGGAGCCCCCCAUCCUGUGGACACCCAGAGCAGCAGCAGGUGGUGGCAGGCUACAGUGAUGGCACACUGCGUAUCUUUAGCAUCUCCUGUACCACAAUGGAACUCAAGAUGCACCCCCACCGGACAGCACUGACAGCCAUUGCCUUCUCCACCGACGGUCAGACCAUCCUCUCUGGAGACAAGGAUGGGCUUGUGGCAGUGAGCCGUCCCAGUACAGGAAUGACCUUCCGUGUGCUGAGUGACCACCAGGGUGCCCCAAUCUCUACCAUCCAGAGCACACGCAAAGAGUAUGGAGACCUAGGAGUAGAAGGUGAAGACCUGUGGCUGGCUGUUAGUGAGGACCAGCGGGUCAGCGUCUGGGUCUCCAACUGGCCACGGAACCACUGCAAACUCCUGGACUGGUUGAGCUUCCCAGCACCUGCUGCUUUGGAGACCUCAGGCCUCCCGCCACCCUCCCUUGCCACCUUUUGCCCUUGGGACCUAGCGCUGCUGGUAUGUGUAGGCCUUGGCACACGUGAAGAGGUGGUCUUCUACAGCCUUCGCCAGAAGCAGGUGGUAGAGAAGAUACUGCUGCCCUUCUUUGCCAUGUCUCUGAGCCUGUCCCCAGGGGCCCACCUCAUGGCUGUUGGCUUUUCUGAGUGCACAGUGAGCCUGGUGGACUGCACAUCAAGGACCACCCAAGAGUUUGCUGGCCAUGAUGAUGUGGUGCACCUGUGCAGGUUCACCCCAUCAGGCAGGCUGCUCUUCACAGUGGCCCACAGUGAGGUCCUGGUUUGGGAGGUCCUGAGUCCCUCAGCUGCAGUGGACCUGCCUUCCCAGGUGUCCCGAAAGGCUGCUGUGCCCUGGAACAGAGAAGCCAGUGUGGAUGGUGGACCAAGAUGACUGGGACAGGACCUGACUCUAAAUCAUUAGGCCUAAGCUUUCUUGAAUUCUGGUGACCCAAAAGGACUUAAGGGACUUGGGGGUGUAACUCUGGUAGAGCAUGUGCUCAGCACAGAAAAAAAAAUUAGAAUACCUGUUGGCUUUUCACCUAAGGGUUUUUUACUUAAUGUUUCUACCUUGUAUGGUUUAAAUAUAAACAGGCAUUUAUUGUAUUUUGCUACAAUA